GUGCUCCUUUGCGACUUUUGAUCAGCUCCGCAUCACCGUGCUACUGCUCCGCUCGUCUCCAGCAAUAGCUAAAAUGUCUGGUCGCGCUGUGUACACAACUUUCCGAAGGGCUUCUACCUUGGCAGAGCCCUGCCGGAGAAUGCCAUUCUCUUGCUCGGCCGCUGUUACUGCUAGCCUUACUCGCGGAUUGAGGACGAUGCCCCGCUCUUUCCUCUCCGCCUCUGCCCGCGCGACCCCCUCCCACACCUUCUCCCGCCCAUCUUUGUACGUUCGUUCCAUGGCUACAUUCCAGCGCGCAAAGCCCCACGUGAAUAUUGGUACCAUCGGGCACGUCGAUCACGGUAAAACCACCCUCACUGCCGCGAUCACAAAAGUUCUCGCACAAAAAGGUGGCGCCGACUUCCGUGACUAUGCUUCCAUUGACAAAGCCCCAGAAGAACGGGCUCGUGGUAUCACUAUUUCCACUACCCACGUCGAGUAUGAGACUGACAGCCGUCAUUACGCGCACGUUGAUUGUCCUGGUCACGCUGAUUAUAUCAAGAACAUGAUCACUGGUGCAGCGCAGAUGGAUGGCGCAAUCAUCGUUGUGUCCGCUACUGACGGUCAGAUGCCCCAGACCCGAGAACACUUGCUUUUGGCAAACCAAGUCGGUGUGAAAAAUCUGGUUGUAUUCAUCAACAAGGUGGAUGCGGUUGAUGACAAGGAAAUGUUGGAGUUGGUCGAGAUGGAAAUGCGGGAUCUCCUUGCCGAGUACGGUUACGACGGUGAGAAUACCCCCAUCAUCAUGGGCUCCGCGCUUUGUGCGCUGGAAGACCGUGAAAAGGAGAUUGGUGAAGAUGCUAUCCUCAAGCUUAUGCAGUCUGUUGAUGAGCACAUCCCGACUCCUGUUCGUGAUUUGGAGAAGCCUUUCUUGAUGCCUAUUGAAGAUGUCUUCUCCAUUGCUGGACGUGGUACCGUGACCACUGGUAGUGUCGAGCGUGGCUUUAUUACCAAAGGUGCUGAAGUCGAGAUUAUUGGAUAUGGUGAGACCAUUAAAACCACUAUCACCGGUGUUGAAAUGUUCCACAAGGAACUUGAGCGAGCCGAAGCCGGUGACAACGCGGGUCUUCUCCUGCGUGGUUUAAAGCGUGACCAACUUCGUCGUGGUCAGGUCAUUGCCAAGCCAGGCACCAUUAAGCCCCACCAAAAGUUCCUGACUCAGAUGUACAUUCUUAAGAAGGAGGAAGGUGGACGACAUACUCCUUUCGUGGAGAACUACAAGCCACAACUGUAUGCCCGUACCAUGGAUGUAACGGCGUCUCUUCGGUGGCCUGACACAGAGCAAGGGCACGCUAACCGAAAUGAGGGAAAGAUGAUCAUGCCAGGAGACAAUGUGGAGAUGGAGGUUGAACUUGGGACCCCAGUUGCUAUUGACGAGGGUCUUCGAUUCACCGUUCGUGAAGGUGGAAAGACGGUUGGAACUGGUGUCGUGACCAAGAUUCUUCAAUAGAUCAUUUGAAAUCAUAUGUGCAUUGUAGAUUCUAUAGCUUCCCGUAGAUCCUGCCCCUACCAGCUGCCAGAAUGGCUUUUCAGUCGAGAAGUCUCUAGUAUAUUUAAAGGUUGGACCGGCAGUGGCAGGGGCUUUUUCUGGUUCUUUUUUCUUGUUUGUAGGUUUUCAUAUCUUGAUACAGUUUUUCAUUUCUGAUAGUUUGAUGGUCCCUCACGUGACCAUAUUUCCUGUGACA